GGCAGCUUGAAACCGCGCCUGGGCUCCAUGUUUGUAUCAGAAAUCGUGAAGAGGGAACUCCAUGUUGUAACAAAGUUUCCUUCGCCGCUGUCUUUUUCUUUCCCCCCUUUUUUUGUUUUGUUUUCCCGCCUUUCCCCGUCUCCCCUGCCCCUCCCCACCCUUUAUUUCCCCCCUUUCCGUUUUAAUUUAAUUUUAGAUUGUUUUCUUUAUGAAAAAAAUCUGUUAAGAACCACAACUCCUGAAAAAAAAAUUCUCCCAAGCGGCGGAGAGACAAUCGGAGGGGGCAAGAAGGCGAGGGAGCGCUCCGCACUUCUGGUCUCAUGGACAGCGGGUCCAUCAUCACCCAGGUUAGCAAGGAAGAGGUGAACACUCCUCUGCAGGAGAAAGGUGCUCAAAACCCAUCACCUUCCAAGAAGCCCAGAAGCCGCAGCAUCUUCCAAUCCCUCUUCUGCUGCCUUUGCCAUGACAAUUCUGAGCCCAUCCCCGUCAACAACAAUGCCCCGCUGCUGGUUGAGGAAAAUGGUUCGGUGCCCAAGGCUACCAUCAAAUACCUCCUGCCAGAAAUCAAGCCUCAAGACGCUAGCAAAAUCUGUGUGGUCAUUGAUCUGGAUGAGACACUGGUUCAUAGCUCCUUUAAGCCAGUGAACAAUGCAGAUUUUAUCAUCCCAGUGGAGAUUGACGGGGCCAUGCAUCAGGUGUAUGUGCUGAAGAGACCCCAUGUGGACGAAUUUCUCCGGCGGAUGGGUGAGCUCUUUGAGUGUGUGCUCUUCACUGCUAGUCUGGCAAAGUACGCAGAUCCUGUCGCUGACCUGCUGGAUAAAUGGGGAGCCUUUCGCGCCCGCCUCUUCCGUGAGUCCUGCGUUUUCCACCGAGGGAACUACGUUAAGGACCUCAGCCGCCUGGGACGUGACCUGACGCGUAUUAUCAUUGUGGACAAUUCGCCUGCUUCCUAUGUCUUCCACCCUGAUAAUGCUGUGCCUGUGGCUUCAUGGUUUGACAACAUGGCUGACACGGAACUUCUUGACCUGUUGCCAUUUUUUGAGAGACUGAGCAAAGUGGAUGAUGUGUAUACAGUUCUAAAACAGCACCGGACUAGUAGCUAGUGACUGCAGGAGGCUUUGGGCAGGGGAAGGAGGGGUGUAAGCCCAUCUAGCUACUUCCUUUUGCUGAGCUUUUGCUCUCCCAGCCUAGCCCCUGGCAUAGCAGUGCACAGGAAAACCCAGCAUCGGGCAACAGAGAGCCACUGGUUACCCGGGGCACCAGGACAGAACCAAUGUCUGAAUGUCACCUUGAACCCUGAACCCCAAAGAGGAAACAUCCUUGCCUCUGUGUUUAAAUAACGGUUUGUCCCCCUUGUAUUAGGGCUGUGGGGACCAGGACCUCAGCCCAUCUUUUUCUCACCCUGUGGGACCAAAACUGCAGCCCUGUCCCCUCAAUCAAGAGAAAAACAUGAAUCCUGGCCCAUUCCCCUAUCACCAGGUUGGGAAGGGUCACACAAGGACUGGUCCCAGGAAUUCCCUGUAUCCCACUGAUGUCUGAUAUUCUCCCCUUCUCAAUAGGUGCUGAUCCCUAGAUUCUGUUGGGAAGUUAUUGGUGCCACUGCUAUAUUUCUGGUGCUGGUUAUUGGUAGUACCAAGAGCUAAGGAAACUCCUGGUGCAAAAUAUUGAAGAGGGAAAGGGAAACCCAGGAGAGAAGGCAGAACUGACUGGGGGAUCAAAAAGAUUUGGUCAAAUACAUAAAGAGGGUAGAACAUGCUGAGAAAUUUGGCUGCAUCUUUAAAGUGGGCUGAGCUUCUCCGUUGUGAAAAGACUCAGCUGAUAACUUUGGGCUGAUGUCUGGGAACCUUAUCUUUGUUAAUCAAGAAGAUGUAUUUGUAUGCUCUGUGCAGCACAGGAUAUGCUGGGCUGUCUCUUACUGCUCUGCUCAGCUGAGGAGGGCGUGUUUUGUUGGCUCUAGGCCAUAUCCUGCUAUCACAAGAUGCUACUUCACCAGCAGGAUGCACUUUGCCCAACUGAAAGGCACUGCCGUUAGCUGAGGGUAGAAUACAACCCUGCGUUUUCUUACUGAGAGUGGUAUUCGGCCAUUUUGUGGGACAGAUGCUGCACAGCCUGUGUGCUCCAUGCUUCCACAUAAAUUUUCCCUUCAGAAGGAAAAUAGUCAUAUUUAUUUUUCACCCCCUUUUAGAGGGAAGGGAACCAGACUUCUCUUCAUGUUUUUUUCUGAAGGAGUGACAAGAAGUGGGCCAGGAAGGAAUGUCCACUAGCAGGUAGGAAGAAAGGCUUUUGCAGCUGAGAUGCAACGUGAGCUUGGUCUGUCAGUUCAUACAAUGAUACUUGUAAGUGCCUUAGAGGUGAGGGAAUGACCAAUCUGAUGGGUUGAACAGCCCCAAGGCAGAUCCACAGCCCAAUUCCAUCCUAGUUUAACUCCCUGGUUUGAGGGGCCCCAAGCUAAUUCUGUGAUUGGUUGCAUCUGAGAGAAAUGGGUUGAGAAGAUAUGGGGUGACUGCUUAAAGAGGGCUAUAGGGAAGAUGAAUACCAUUGGUUGAUAGACGCCACAGAGGAAUUUUGCCAUGUAGAGCAAUCCGGUUGGCUUCUGAUCAAAUUCAUUAAUACGAUUGGUGAUUCUGCCUUGUAGUAUCCAGGUAUGACACAGCCUAAAUAUCAUUCUCAUACGUUAAGUGCCGUUAAGUCUCUUCAGACUAAUGACAACCCUAUGAAUCAAUGUGCUCCAAAAUAUUCUAUCAUUAACAGCCCUGCUCAGGUCCUGCAAAUCGUUCUCAUCGCUUUUCCACAUCCCAUGCCAACCCUGAGUUUUCUCCUUCAACCUCUGACUUCUUCCAGGCCUGUACUCAAGUUCCCAUUAUCUCUGUCCUCCUAGUUGCGGUGGCCAGACGUUCUAUGGGCAUAGGCUGGAAAGGGAGAGAUUUAGUCUUUCCUUCUGCCCCAGUGGCUUUGUCUCUUAUGCUGUAGUGCCUUUAAACUCCUCCGUCUCCAACUGGAUCAAAUCCAGGCCCUGAAAUGCAAUAGUUGCCUGUGGGCUCUGGUUGGAUUUCUGGAAUCUUGCAGGGAACGUGGGGGAAAUUGUGCCUUUUAGACAUGAUGGAUCUGCCGGUAUAACUGAGAGAAAUGAAAUGCACAAAACAUGAGGGUGAUGCUGGCGAACAAGACCUCUGGUGCAGGGGAUCCAAUUGCUUUAGGUUCCCAAAGACUGCUUAACUGAAGUCAAGCCAGCCCUUCUUGCCAGCUGUUUAACUGUAUUUCUUUCCAGCUCAUCCAGAAGUUUCAGAUGCCCAUUUAAUAAGAACCUUGAGCUAGCUGCCUUGGCCACUCUACCAGACACCCCAAUGAAAUACGGAUGCCCUUUGGUUUCUCUCCAGUGCCACCUUGAAGUUGCCUUAAAAUGUUUCUUUGGAUUCAAGAAUUCUGUGUGCCUUUUAUGAUUGUUCUUGCCUGAUGGUUAAAGAAAUGACAUGAUGCAGCACAUCUUGAGACCCUUAGCCCCAUAUCGGGAUGGAGUGCUUUAGUGACUGAGCAGACCUUGACUCUGGAGAGUGGCUCAUUUAGUAGUCUGUGGAUCUGGAGCAAGGCCACGUUGAGCCUCACUGUCAGGGAAGUUUUGAGCCAUCAUUUGCAGAUUAGAGUAUAUUAGAGCUGUGGUUCUCAACCUGGGGGUCAGGACCCCUUUGGGGGUCGAACGACCCUUUCACAGGGGUCGCCUAAGACUCUCUGCAUCAGUGUUCUUCAUCUGUAAAAUGGAUAAAUGUUAGGGUUGGGGGUCACCACAACAUGAGGAAGUGUAUUAAAGGGUCGCGGCAUUAGGAAGGUUGAGAACCACUGAUCUUAGAGCAUCUUACUCAAAUGACUAUGCCAGUGAAUCAGGGACAGAUGAAGGGCCUCAUCCCUUCCAGGGUGGGCCUGUCCUCAUCCUCUUUGGGGGUGGGGGAUACAGAAAGUCUCAGCAACUAUACAAGCAAGAAAUUACAUUACCUGAUAACGACUCCUUCAGGAAUGUCUGUGUUCAGUUUUAAGCACAUUUCAGUUAUUACUGUCCCUCAGCACACAGGGGUGGGGUGGGGAGAGAGUGCUGUGAUUGUUUUUAUUUAAAUGUUGUUUUUAGAAAUAAUUGUACAAUGGAGUACUUUUUAUUCCACAUUUCCCUAACAACUCUCUCUCUUCCAGCCUUUCCCCCACCUCCAAAUUACUGGAAUAUCUGGACCGUGACUGAGAGAGAAGCUAUUGAAAGGAAUGCUAGAGGGUUGGGGGGAUUUUAGUAUUAAAUGAUAGUGAGAUCUCUUUUAUCACCAUAUCUUUGAAUGCAGAUUCAUGUCUAGAUAAACUAAGUAUCUCUCUUUUCUCCCUUAUCAUUUGCUGUGUUUUUAAAAGUAGCACAGAAAGCAAUCAAGAUCUGCUUGAACACUAGAUGGAAUUUGAUGCAUUUCACAAACCUCCCACAAAUUAUAGUGUAUGAAAAGCUGCAAGUUUUCUAGCUAGAACAUUUAGUGAUUUGCUCCAUUCUGACUGGAUGGCUACCGUUUUCUCUGAGCCUACGAUCCACUAAUGACCCACCAAUCCCAGCAGACAAACUGCUUCAGUUCUAAAGUUCAUCCAGACAAACCCUCUGUGUGGGAGUUGCCUCCUGCUCCCCAUUCAAGGUGACUUUUAAAGGAUGUGGGAGGAAGAAUUCUAGCAGGGCACAUUUUAGACUAUAUAAAUAUGUAUAAUGUGUAUAUAUAUUAGGGGGGACAAGAAAAAUGGAGAAAAAACAUCAGAGGAUUUUUAUAGCUGUAUUUUUAACAAUGUUCUUGGGAGAUGGUAAUUAUUUUUGUGUGGUUGAUUGUCAAUUUUUCUGGUGUAAAAGGAAAUGGGGUGGGAGUGUUUUUGCCCAUGAGAUGACACCUGUGUCGGGGAGCACGUUCUUCUUCUCCAAAUAGCUGUGGCUCCCCUCACAGUGCCCUGCACUCCAACACAAGCACAUUUUAUAGUAUUCAAUAGCCACAGUGUUAACAGUUUAGUUGACAGACCCUUUAAGGCCCCUAUUCCACAUUUAAUUUCUUCCUGCCCCCAGGAUCAGAAAUGAGCUGCCCAAAACUCAUCACUGGAAGUUAACAGAUUCCUUCAUACCUUUUCUUCCAAUAAAAAUCCAUGCCUCCCUCUGUCUGCCACUUCCUUUCUUCCCCUCCACGUUCUCACAAGACGCUGGCUUUCUACCCCAGAAGGUAAAGAAGGAUUGGUAGCAAGCCUGUCCUCCUAAGAGUAGUUUUCCUUGGAGUGACUUUUCCUUCCUUACUUUUCUCCAUCUGAUUGACCUUUUGAAUUCUUUCUUUUGGGGUGGAGGUAAUGAUUCAGUGCUAGCAACCAGGAAUAGCAACUUAAAUUUUUCUGUCAAACAUAGUAUUGGAAAACUCAGCACUUUAUUUAGGAAAGGAACAUCACAUAUCCUCUCAGUGCCAACUGAAAGCUACAAAGAGCCACAAGUUUUCUAUGAAACCUUGCAGACACCUGUUGCGUUUUCUGGGCUGGCUAAGGUGCCACUUCAUGCUCUUUUAUAAAAAGUCUCUCCUGUAGCUUGACGGUUCGCUUCUACUGCCUGGUCUCCGCAGGGAGCUGUUUCCUACCCCAUCUGUUCAUACUCUCAAGUAGGUAUCUGUUGACGAUGAUCUGAUCUUUUUACAACAGAGGAGAGUGAGAAAUCACAAAUCAAAGUGCCUUCUCAUGUGAUUCAAACUGUAAAAUAAUCUUUAAAAAAAUCAAACCCA